ACGACGUGAAAACAGCAAUGGAGAAAAAUGCCAAUCCUCAUUUUGAGGAAAGAACCACAGCUUCACAUUGAAAUAACAACCUUAUAAUUUACCUCGGAAUCACUAGGAAAUCGGAAAAGAAUCCUUGUCAUACUUUGAAAAAAUUUUCAUUGUUGAUCCAGACUUACCCGUAUCCCAGGUGAACGCAAGGAGUCGAGUCUUUCUUUAAUUCUUUGUUUCCUUUUUUUUCUAUAAUAAAAAGAAGGCUACAGAAAAUCCAUCUGUGUAUUUACAUUACACCUUGGAUUCUCAAGUAGUGACAAUCCCUUUGGAAAGGUUGGAUUCUUUUCCACCAUACACCUUACGAAAAAAAAGUGAAACUCUUUAUUUGCUUUUUUAAUUUUUUAAUCUCAUAAAAAAAGAAAUUUUAGGAUAAAAUAGGGGCUUCCUCUUGUUUUAUUAAACUCAGCCGGCGUUUAUUUGGUUGAAAUAUCCUUUUUGAUAUAAUGCUUAGAAUUGUCAUUGGUACGUACUCUCACCUCCUAUAUGGUGUAGAUACAGACCUAAAGCAAAAAGAAUCGAAGCCCUUGUGGUUGUUUGAGGCUCAUGAAAGUGCUCUUACCGCUUUGGCUACAAAUGGCCUUCAGUUAGCAUCCACAAGUUCAGAUGAAACUAUAAAAAUAUACGAUCACAGUCGUAAUAUUCAAAUAGCUGACUUGGCUAUUCCUACAGAGUUGCCAAAUGCCAUUUCCCGCAGCCUCUGCUUUACCAAGAAACACUUGCUAGCUUGUCAUGACAACGGACAAAUCACUAUGUGGUCUAGAGAUUCUUGGUUACUUGUUCAUACCUUGAAGUCUUCCUCCAACAAGGGUAUUAGUGGAAUCACUGUCCAUCCUUCAGAAAAACUUGCUUUCAGCGUUGGAGGAGAUAGCAAACUUCGUCUUUGGGAUCUCAUUCGUGGUAAAGGUGGAAAGGUAUUGCCAUUGUCGUUUAUUCCCGAAGGGAUUCUAUUCCUCAACGACUCCUCUUUCGUCGUUAUGUCUCGACGUGGUUUAGAAGGUUUUAAACUUGAUUUAAGCUCCUUUUUUGGUUAUAAGUCUAAUACGCAGCUUAAUUGUCUUUGUUUGUUUCUAUCCAACUUGAUUGUUGGUUGUGAUAACGGUUCCAUAAAGGUUUUCGACGUAAACACUGGAGAUCUGAUCAAUGAAUUCGCUGCUCAUGAAAAAAGAGUGAAAGCUAUUUCUGCUACGACUGAAAAUCUCGUUUCCGCUAGUUCCGAUGGUUCUGUGCACGUCUGGGAUAAAACUUUCAAUAAAGUGAUGGAACUACAAGCUCCUGAAGGGAACCGAAUUACUUGCAUAGUCGCUAUGGAUUCGGCGGUAAAUGCGCCUGUGAUAGAUGCUGCCAAUACCAAUGAAGAGUCAAAUGAAAGCGAAUCUGAUUCUGAAAGCAGUGAAUUUUCGGAUGAUUCUACAAAAAGGGCAGCAUCUUCUAAGCUUACAAAACGUGCCCGCAUCGAAUAACUGUUUCCUUGAAAACAGAGAAAAAUAAAAAAAAGAGGGCUUUGAAAAAUCUCCUUUUUAGUUUGGGUUUACUUUCGGUUUAAAAAUAAUAUAUUGUGAUAGCCAAGAAUUCCUCUAGCUCGCAUUAACUACUGUAAAAUUAAUUUCUUUACACAAAACAUUUACUUUUUGCUAUUCGC